CGCACAAGGAGGCGGCGGGUGCGAGACCCUUGGGGAAACUGGUGUGACGCGAAGGACUUGGAAGGGCAGACGUUUGAGCAUCUAUCUGCUGAAGAAUUAGCAAGAAGAAGAGAGGAGGAAAAACUGAAACCUGCAAAAUCUUCUAAAGGCUCAAGACAAGUUAAAAGUUCGUUUGAUCCCUUUCAGCUGAUACCGUGCUGUUUAUUCACUGAAGAAAAACAGGAACCUUUUCAGGUGAAAGUGUCUUCUGAAGCACUUUUAAUAAUGGAUUUGCACUCUCACGUGUCUAUGGCAGAAGUUAUAGGGCUGCUAGGUGGAAGAUACUCAGAAGCUGAUAAAAUUGUAGAAGUCUGUGCAGCAGAGCCGUGCAACAGCCUCAGUACAGGGCUGCAGUGUGAGAUGGACCCCGUGUCGCAGACGCAGGCCUCGGAGGCGCUGGCCGCCAGAGGGUACGGCGUCAUCGGCUGGUACCACUCCCACCCGGCCUUCGACCCCAACCCCUCCAUACGGGACAUUGACACGCAGGCCAAGUACCAGAGUUAUUUCUCCAGGGGUGGUGCCAUGUUCAUUGGAAUGAUUAUAAGUCCUUACAACCGAAAUAAUCCUCUUCCAUAUUCUCAGAUCACUUGUCUAGUAAUUAGCGAUGAGAUCAGUUCUGAUGGGUCCUACCGCCUGCCCUACAAAUUUGAAGUACAGCAGAUGUUGGAAGAACCUCAGUGGGAAUUAAUAUUUGAAAAAACAAGAUGGAUAAUUGAAAAAUACAGAUUGUGCCAUAGCAGUGUCCCCAUGGAUAAAAUUUUUCACAGAGAUUCAGACCUGACUUGUUUGCAGAAACUUUUGGAGUGCCUGAGGAAAACUUUGGGCAAGGUAACAAACUGCUUCAUCGCUGAGGAGUUCUUGACUCAGAUAGAAAACUUAUUCCUCUCCACCUACAAGAGUGAGAAAAAGACUAAUGCUGAAGAAAAUGAGAGCGAACCUUCAAAGGCAUUGCUGAUGUGA